AUGAAGGUCAGCAGUUUCGACGGCAGCGUCACCAAGGAGGGGUUGCAGUCCUUCAACGACUUCGCCGCUACGCUACGCCCCGGCGAGAGCAACCUCGGCAACGAAUGGGCGCAGGGGCAUAGCGGAGAGCAUACCAAGGCGAUGGGUCUGGUGUACCAGCUGGUCGGACAGCAAGCCACUCUCGAUCAGAUGCUUCGCUUCUGCGAUGCCGUCCUGUCGCAGAGGAACGAUCUGACCAAGUCACCGAUGGGCCAGCAUAAAGUCUGGACCGGAAGAAUCGACCCGGCAUGGCCAAACAACGUCACCGCGAACCCCAUCGUGACUGGCGGGGAGCAAGGGGAUCCGGUUGAGCACCUGGCCAACUGUGCCUACCUCAUCCUGAAGACGGGGAGCCUCCGUAGCCAAAAGGUUACCAUCGGUGACCCUCACCGAUACGGCGCCACCUAUAUGGACCGAGCCAAGACCUAUCUCCAGGAGGCGGAUUUUGCCAUAAGCAACCACAUCCUCAGCUCCUUGUUAGAUCUCUCAGGUGGGAACAAGAUGUACUUCGCCAAGGACUCGCCCUAUAUGGGUGGGAAGCCGGUUCCCUGGAACCAGCAGAUGAUGUUCAACUAUGCCUUCAUGAACCUGUGCGGCGCGCACAGGAUCCUCAAGGACAACCCUAAAUUGCUGGUCAAACCAGCGGGGGGGGGGGGGGGUUCGAACCACGGGUCGCUCGACGUCGCCGGCUUCUACCGCGCUUACAUCGACGGCAACUACGCUAUCACGGCCGACAGGAUGAAGCCGUUCGCCAACACUUUCGUCGACGUCAUGACGCUAGGGGAUAAGAAGUGGGCAGGGAGAGUGAACGGCGAGUCCGCCAGGGGCCAUGCUUCGUCUACCCUACACCGAGAGCGGUUAUCGGUACCCGCCUGUCAAUAUGUCCGUAUUAUCGAUUUGUCGUGUCUCACGACUCCGUCGAGGGUGGACAGCCUAGCUAUGUAGCUCCCUAUUCGAUAAGAAUAAAUAUCUUGCCCAAGAAGGUGUAUGGCCACAAUAUCAUUCCCCGUCCUGUAUCCCACGUGAGAGGUGAUGAGUCCCCCAUUUCCUGUAGGCCCUGCCACAUGGAGAGACAAUGCCCUUAUAAGAUUUUAGGUCCUGGCUGA